UAAGAAUACUACCAGCGCCAUCAUUGAGGAAGAAUUGGAGAAUCUACUCGGUCGAUAAUGUUAUGACAUUAAGAAAUGAUACAUAAACACGUGAAAUUUUAGAGAUUGUGGUUUUGAUAUUUAUGUUUGUGUACUCUUUCUUAUUGCCAAUAAAUAUAAAAAGUUAAUAUAAAUAAUCGUUAAACAAUGGAAGGAACAAGUAAAGAAGGAAGUAAAGUAUGGACUGAUAACGAAAGAUUAAAACUUGCUUCAAAAUUAGACGCUGAACUCGAUGAAUAUAUUAGUAAUUUGGAAAAGAAGAGCUAUACUGAAGGAUGGCCAGAAGAUCGGUGGGAAGAGGAAAUGGAAAAACAUCCAUUUUUCAUGAAAAAGACACCGGAACCUGGAGAAGAACUUUCUCCAUUGAUGGAAGGUUUACAACAGCUCAAAUAUGGGGAAGAUGAGAAUACACCUGAGGAACUUGCAAAUAAUUAUAAGGAAGAUGGAAAUUUCAAUUUCAAGUAUAAAAAUUAUAGAUUAGGUAUUCUGAGUUACACAGAAGGAAUAAGAACUAAAUGUAAAGAUAUUGACUUAAUGGCUCAGCUUUAUAAUAAUAGAGCUGCUGCACAUUUUAUGUUAAAAAAUUAUAGAUCAAGCUUAAAUGACUGCAAGCUUGCUUUGAGGUUAAAACCAAAGUACAUAAAAGUUUUGAAUAGAGCUGCCACUUGUUGUUUUCAUAUAAAAGAUUACGAACAGUGUAUUGACUUUUGUGAUCGGUUACUCGAUGAAUCUCCUACUGACAAGAUAAUGUUAUAUUUAAAAUCACAAGCAGUAGUUGAAGGAGAACGCCUGAAAAGAGAUAAAAGAAAACAAGAUAGAUUAGAAAAGAACUUAAAUAAAAAAGAAGAAGAAUUACUAAAUAUAAUAAAAGAGAAAGGUAUUAAUUUAGAAGUGAUCGAAGGGAAAAGAAAUUUAAAUUUAAAAGACCUAGAACCUCAAAUUCCAGAAAUGGCACAAUGUAGUUUUCAUUUGGAUGCACAAAAUAAGCUCAUUUGGCCAGUUCUGAUUUUAUAUCCUGAAACAAAGCAGACAGAUUUCAUACAAAAUUUUCACGAGGAUACAUUGUUGAUAGAACAAUUAGAACAGUUAUUUAAUGAUCCACCUGAGUGGGACUCACACAGACGUUAUACUCCUGAAAAUAUAAAUGUUUAUUUUGAGGAUAAAGAUAAAUGUUCUCUGCAUAAAGUGAACGUCCAUCAGUCUCUAGGGCAAAUAUUGCAGCACGAGCGAUUUAUAGUUCGCGGGGGAACACCGAUGUUUCUAAUAUUUGUUAAGUCCAGUAAGGCGGAGGAGGGAUUUUUAGCUAUGUAUGUGUGAUAUAAAUUAUCGUGUACAUUCUUCGUAAAUAGAUUUAUAAAGAAGAUCUACACAUCUAUUAAUAUAAUUAGAAUUAAUUAUGCAAAUUCAUAUAAAUAUAAUCAUAUAAAUUGAAGAAAUGGAAUCUAAUCCAAGAUCCGCUUUAAUUAUUUUAUAUAUUUUCAUAUAUUACAUAGAUUAUUUGCAUAUUUUCAAAUUUCUCAUAAAUGUAUAAAAAUUUACAGUCUAAUAAAACAGUCUAGUAAUAAUUA